AACACGAUUUAUUAGGUGCCUGAAUAUGCUCACGACUGCCCGCUUGUUUGUACGUUAUCUUUCCCGUAUCCAUAUUUAUUAUUUUUGCUUAUGAUUUAAGAUUGGAUCAAGCAUUUGAUAUUUUUGAUUCCAAACUUUUGAGUUUUGUACUUUAGUAGUUUAGCUAGUUAAGUUGUGUUUAUCACUGUUUUUAUAGUUUUAUACUUGAAUCUUCUUAUGUUUAGAUAUGGAAAGUAAAGUGUGUAAAGUAAUUAGUGCUAAAAGGAACCACAGCGACGACGACGACGAUAAUAUAAAUUCGAAACAAACAAAAAGACACUCUAGUCGAGAUCGUCAAUCAACAAAAGAUAAAUAUGACAAAGGUGGUAGACGUAAUUAUGAAGAAUUGAAGGUAGGUGAUCCAUACUAUUCAGGUGGUACUGCAACGUAUUACCGUAAAGGCGAGGAUCGGUAUGAGGAUGAUUCUAGAUAUAGGAGACGCCAUAGAAGUAGAGAUCGCCAAGAAAAAGAAAACAGAUCUAAAAAUGCGGACAGUAAAAAAGAAGAAAAAAUUGGCGCUCCAUAUUAUUCUGGCGGAAUAGCAAGUAUUGAUGAACGUGAGAGUGGUGAAGAAAUAACCGACGAUGAAGAUGAUAAAAUCGGACAACGAUAUUAUUCUACCGAAACUGCUGAUACUCAAAGAAAGAAUAGUGAAAACUAUUGGAAUAAAUAUGCCAAAAAAGAUAAAAAACAAAAUGAUGACAUAAACGACGUACCAUUACAUCAGAAAAAAACUGUGGAACUACUAACAUCUAAAACUGGAGGUGCCUAUAUUCCACCAGCGAAAUUGAGAAUGAUGCAAGAAAGUAUCACAGAUAAGUCUAGUGCUGCAUAUCAAAGAAUUGCCUGGGAAGCAUUGAAAAAGUCAAUACAUGGUUUAACUAACAAGAUCAAUGUAGACAAUAUUGGAAAAGUUACUAGAGACUUACUACGAGAAAAUAUUGUUCGUGGUAGAGGUUUAUUAUGCCGGUCCAUUAUGCAAGCUCAAUUAGCUUCAACAACAUAUACACAUGUGUAUGCUGCUUUAGUGGCCAUUAUAAACACAAAAUUUCCAAAUAUUGGAGAAUUACUGUUGACAAGGUGUAUUGUACAGUUUAAAAGAGGAUAUCGAAGAAAUGAAAAAUCUCAAUGUUUAGGAUCAGUAACAUUUAUUGCUCAUUUAAUUAAUCAAAGUGUUGCACAUGAAAUAUUGGCUUUAGAGUUAUUAACUCUAUUUGUGGAAACACCUACUGAAGAUUCAAUAGAAGUAGCGGUAGCAUUUUUGAAAGAAUGUGGGCAAAAGAUGAGUCAAGUUAGUAAAAAAGGAAUGAACGCUAUAUUUGAUAUGUUACGCAACAUAUUACACGAUGGACAACUCGAUAAAAGGGUUCAAUACAUGAUAGAAGUAAUGUUUCAAAUACGCAAAGAUGGAUUUAAAGAUCACCCAGCCGUAAUUGAACAACUUGAUUUAGUACCUGAAGAGGAUCAGUUUACACAUUUAUUAACUUUAGACUCUGCUAAAGAUCCACAAGAUAUUCUUAAUGUAUAUAAAUUUGAUCCGGACUUUGAAGCUAAUGAAGAACGUUAUAAAUCAUUGAGAGCGGAAAUAUUAGGUUCAGACAAUGAAGAUGAAAGUGGUUCAGAAAAUGAUGGUGAUGAUGAUGACGAUGAUGAUGAUGACGAUGACGAAGAUGACGGAGAAGAAAAAGAAGGAGAAGGUAAAGUCAUUAUUGAUAACACAGAAACAAACAUGAUAUCUUUAAGAAAAACGAUCUACUUAACAAUACAUUCUUCAUUGGAUUAUGAGGAAUGUGCUCAUAAAUUAAUGAAAAUGCAAUUGAAACCUGGUCAAGAAAUAGAAAUGUGUCAUAUGUUUUUGGAUUGUUGUGGUGAACAAAGAACCUACGAAAAAUUUUUCGGCCUUUUAGCACAAAGAUUUUGUCAAAUAAAUAAUAUGUUUAUUGAGCCAUUAGAAAAAAUUUUUAUUGACAGUUAUGCAACUGUCCACCGUUUAGAGACAAACAAAUUACGUAAUGUUGCAAGAUUCUUUGCACAUUUAUUGUUUACAGACUCUAUUUCAUGGGCUGUCUUAUCUACAAUACAUCUAAAUGAAGAGGAAACAACUUCUUCUAGUAGAAUUUAUAUUAAAAUUCUGUUCCAAGAACUAGCUGAACACAUGGGACUUAAUAAUUUGAAUGCUCGAGUUCAGAAUCCGGAUUUAAAACUAGCUUUUGAAGGAAUUUUCCCUAAAGAUAACCCUAAGAAUACUAGAUUUUCUAUCAAUUUUUUCACCUCUAUUGGUUUAGGAGGUUUAACUGACGAAUUGAGAGACUUUUUAAAAGAACAACCCAAACAAGUGCCAGCUGUUGCUAAAAUUAUUGACCAGCUGUCAGAAUCAUCAGAUAGUGAUAGUGACAGUAGUUCAAGUAGCAGCAGUAGUAGUAGCAGCAGCAGCAGCAGUAGUAGCAGCAGUAGUAGUGAUUCUAGCAGUAGCAGCAGCAGUAGCAAUAGUUCAAGUAACAAAAGAAAUAAAAAAUUAAAAGAUCAUGAUAAAUCUAAACAAAAUUCAGAAAAAAAGGAAAAGGAAAAAUCUAAAAAACAUGAGAAAAAAAAUGAAAUUGAUAAACCUAGAAGAUAUGAAGAAAAAAAGGACAAUGAUAUGCCAAGACAAAAAGAAGAUAGAAAUGAAAAUAAUAAUUGGAGAAGAAUUGAAGGAAAAAAAGAUAAUGAUAAAUUUAGAAAAUAUGAAGAUAGAAACGGAAAAUCUAGAAGAUACGAAGAAAGAGAGGAAAAUAAUGAUAAAUCUAAAAGACAUGAAGAAAGAAGAGUUAAUGACAUGUCAAAACGAAAUGAAGAGAGAAAGGAUGAUGACCGAUCUAAAAAAAAUGAAGAUAGAAAUGAAAAUGAUAUAUCCAAAAGAAAUGAUGAAAGAAAGGAAAAUUACAGACCUAGAAGAAAUGAAGAAAGAAAAGAAAAUGAUAGACCUAGGAGAAAUGAAGAAAGAAAAGAAAAUGAUAGACCUAGGAGAAAUGAAGAAAGAAAAGAAAAUGAUAGACAUAGUAGAAGUGAACUUGAAAAAACUAAAAGAAAUGAAAAUGAAAAAUCUCGAAGAAAUGAAGACAGGAGGGAAAAUGAUAGAUCUACUAGACGAAAUGAAGAAAAAGAAAAUGAUAGACUUGGGCGAAAACGGUAAACUACAUGGUUUUGUUUUAUAUUCUUUUAACUUUUAAAUAUAUAUAUUUAUAUUGUUUAAGUAAAACAUUCAAUGUC